AAGGCAGUAGCUCACACAAGGAGCUGAUGGACCCGCGAAAGGAUGGUGCCUCCUGAAGAUGCUAGGCACCUUCCUGUCUCUUCAGGACAGCCCUGCUCUAGAGGCCUGAGCUGGCUUUCCCCUCCUCCUGAGUAGGCCCAUUGGAAGGAACCCUGGACAGCCAGAGGAAAGUUUAAGCUUUGGAGAGGAUGUUGGUCUCUCACUUCAAGAAGUUCCUGGGGCACAUGUUAAGUGCUAAACCUUGAAUACUGCUAAGGUACCCUUUCAAAAUUAAAGAUGGAUUUACGGGGUAUCGCGCAAGGGCAGUGGUAGAAACAUUCAGGAACACGGCUGCACAAGUGGACGCUAAUGUCGGAUCUCGUCUGAGAAGUCUGUUUUCUGCCACUUUCAACAUCCGCUAUAUUUGCGAGGAGCGUGCUGUCUGUGGGAUUCCUAAUGCUGGAUCUCUGUGCACUUCUGUGACUGACUUGGUGGUGCUGAAACUUGAUCCCCCAACUCGCUUUUGGCUGGGUCCCUCCUCUCAGGGAGGGUGAACACUUGUAACGGCAGGCGUUCUUGACAAAUUAGCCCACACUCUCGCCUUUCAAGUACUUGUGCGGUUUUUCCUCCUCUUAUUUGUCCACUCCCUAUGGGGAGCCCCCCACUUCCCACCACAAUGGUCUGCUGCCCCUGCUUUCUAUCCGAAGAAGAGAAAACAGCCAUUGCAAUUGAUAAAGAGAUAAACCGGCUUCUUCACGAGCAGAAGAAACGUGAUCGCUGGGAGCUGAAGUUGCUUCUGCUGGGUACCGGAGAGAGUGGGAAAAGCACAUUUAUAAAACAAAUGCGGAUAAUCCAUGGGGUGGGCUUCACGGAAGAGGACCAGAGAAGAUUUGCCAGGGUGGUCUAUCAGAAUAUCUUCACCUGCAUCCAGGCAAUGAUCAGAGCUAUGGAGACCCUCCAUAUUUCUUACGCUCAGCCAGAGAACGUGCAAAAUGCUCGGGAUCUCGUGGGAGUGGAUACUUACAAAAUAACCGUCAUGGAGGCCCACCACGUGGACAUGAUUGAAAGCCUGUGGAAGGAUGCUGGGAUAAGAAGUUGCUACCAGAGGCGAAGAGAAUACCACUUGCUGGACUCUGCUUUCUACUUCCUGUCCAACCUGGACCGGAUUGCAGCGGAAGGCUACGUGCCCAGCGCACAGGACAUCCUGCGGGCCCGCGUGCCGACGACCGGAAUAAAUGAAUACUGCUUUUCGGUGCAGAAGGUAACAUUAAGAAUUGUUGACGUCGGUGGGCAGAAAUCGGAGCGUCGCAAAUGGAUCCACUGUUUUGAAAACGUGAUGGCCUUGAUCUACCUGGCUUCCCUCAGCGAAUAUGACCAGUGCCUGGAGGAGAACAACAGUGAGAAUCGGAUGCAGGAGAGCCUUGAUCUCUUCAGGACUAUCCUGGAGCUCCCUUGGUUCUGGGACACCUCCAUUAUCCUCUUCCUCAACAAAACGGACAUCUUGGAGGAGAAGAUCGCGAGCUCCGAUCUGGCCACUUACUUCCCCAGCUUCCCAGGUCCUAGACAAGAUGCCAAAGCUGCCAAGGAGUUCAUACUGGACAUGUACAUGGACGUCUUCACACAUGUCACGUUCAUGGAUUGCCAUUCCAGCAUGGGGUCGCUCAAGGAGAGACCAAGGCUCCUUUUCCCUCACUACACCUGUGCCACGGACACGCAGAACAUUUGCACGGUGUUUGAUGACAUUCAGGAUGCGGUCUUGGCCAGCUACCUGGAGGAGUUCAACCUGACCUAAAGGGCCGAGAGCCACCAGCCCCCCCGCGUGGAUUCUGUGGCAGGGACAAAGCCACUUGGCUGUUUACAAGGAGGAGUUCAGCGUGCGAUGGAUGGUAUACUGGCUGUUGACUUGGGCGAACAUGUUGCAAGUGCAGAGUUCUUCCAUCAUGGCAUCUCUCUUUGGGUACCCAAGAGGUAAGAUGGACCUGUUGUCUGCAGACCUGUGGACUGAGAGGCACCCAGGAGUUGAAAUCCCACCCCACCCCCACCCUGGGCCCCACAUGUAGCACCUAUGAACGUGAUCUCCAGGUUCCGUUUUUCUCGUCCCUCAAUGGCUUGGCAUGAACUGUCCCAGAAUGCACUGCAAAAUGACAGGCAAGUCCUGCCUUUCUCACGCACAUGCACCCCAUGCAAAUUACUUUUCUAAAAAAAGAAGCAAGUUGUUGCAGAAAAUAAAAUGUACAAAGAGAGGCAAGGAAA